UAUGUGCUAGAGGAACAAUCAGCAUAUUCUCUUUCACACUGUUUACAUCACAAGAAGAAGCAGUUAUAAGAAAAAGAUUAAAUAAAAUGACAACUGCUCAAUUCAACUGUCAAUACUGUGCAACAUCACUUCUUGGGAAAAAAUAUGUACUAAAGGAUGACAAUCCAUACUGUGUUUCAUGUUAUGAUCGCAUUUUUUCUAACUACUGUGAGGAGUGCAAAGAGCCAAUUGAAUCAAAUUCCAAGGAUCUUUGUUACAAAGGCCGGCACUGGCAUGAAGGAUGCUUCAAUUGUGCCAAAUGCAAUCACUCUUUGGUGGAAAAGCCUUUUGCUGCCAAGGAUGAACGCCUGCUAUGCUCCGAGUGUUUUUCUAAUGAGUGCUCCUCCAAGUGCUUCCACUGCAAGAAGACCAUCAUGCCUGGUUCUCGAAAAAUGGAAUUUAAGGGAAACUACUGGCAUGAAACCUGCUUUGUGUGUGAGCACUGCCGACAGCCAAUAGGAACUAAACCUUUGAUUUCCAAAGAAACUGGCAAUUAUUGUGUACCAUGCUUUGAGAAAGAGUUUGCUCACUACUGCAGCUUCUGUAAGAAGGUGAUAAUCUCAGGUGGGAUAACCUAUCAUGACCAGCCAUGGCACAAAGAAUGUUUUCUGUGUAGUGGCUGUAGGAAGGAACUCUAUGAAGAAGAGUUUAUGUCCAGAGAUGAUUAUCCAUUCUGCUUGGACUGCUACAACCAUCUUUAUGCCAAAAAGUGUGUAGCCUGCACUAAACCCAUUACCGGUCUCAAAGGUGCCAAGUUUAUUUGCUUCCAAGACCGCCAGUGGCACAGUGAAUGCUUUAACUGUGGGAAGUGCUCAGUCUCCUUGGUGGGGGAGGGCUUCUUGACCCAGAAUCAGGAAAUUUUUUGUCGCAGAUGUGGUUCUGGGAUGGAUACUGAUAUCUAGAAGGAAACAGUCCUCCCCAUCUGAAACCCACCUUGCUUUCCUUCUCACUAAAUUCAGAAUUCAA